GCCCAUCGGUCUCCUCUCUCUCUCUCUCUCGCCUCUCGUCCCUUCUUUGCUUUUUCUCCGCUUCGCUUCGUACUCGGAUCCGGGAAGUUCUCCAUCGAGGUUCGUCGUUCGCGAGUUCUCGCUCGAUCGCGCUCGAUACGACGCUUCUCAUGCUCUCGCGGCAGUUCCUCGCGACGAUUCCUCGACGAUGACGACGACGAGGACUCGUCUCAGCUUCCAUUUUCGGUUACGUCGCGCGGAGAUGGAACUCGCAAUUACACGACGACCACGCACUCACGCACUCGCCGACGUGCGGGCGGCAUAACGCGUGAGCGCGUGCACGCAUUAACGCACGUCGUCCCCCUCUUUCUCCUCCUUCUCCUCCUCCGACUCCCAUUAUCCUUCCGAUCUUACGUCAGUCGGAUCGUGGCGUUUUUCAACCCUUUUGUUCGGAGCCAAUCGGCCGGUUCGCUUGGUUUAGCUCUCGGCCUCGCUUUCCCCGCGUCCGUUCGCUCGUUCGUUCACUCGCUCGUACGCCUGUUGUGCUGUCCGUUGGAUGAUCGAAUUAAUCACGCGACGUACGAGCCGAGCAGUCACAGUCAGUCGACGCCGUAAUUCGCCGCCGCCGCCGCCACCAUCCUCGUCGUCGUCAUCGUCGUCGCGGGCGCGAAAUGCGACGCACAAGAGCCGAGGAGCCGGAACGCGGAACGGCGCACGCGGAAGCCGCGACGGGAUCCCUCGCGUGAUUUAUGCCGCGGCUUGUCGCGCGACGCAUUAUAUGAUGACAUAAUACGGAUCUGCCGGCUGAAUUCUUGAGAAGGCACGCAUCAACGAUCGACCUGCAGAGCGACGAACGAAUGAUCCAAAAUGAAUGAUAUAGAAAGUUUUGGCAUGAAGGGAAGCGGCUCCAAGAUGCCUCACAGUCAUUCAACGCCAGCGGGUGUGGAUGGAGGUAGUAGAACACCUCCCGCGACACCGAGGAAAGCUGGAAAAAUGCUCGCAGUUCGUGUACAGAUGUUGGAUGACACUAUUACAAUGUUUCAAGUGCAGGCAAAAGCACUAGGUAGAGUGUUAUUUGAUCAAGUUUGUAAGCAAUUGAACCUUUUAGAAGCGGAUUACUUUGGUCUUGAGUAUCAAGAACCAAACUUAACAAAAUAUUGGUUGGAUCUGGAGAAACCAGUAUGUAGGCAGGUCGGUCUGUCUCUAAUUGAUCCUCUAUUGAGGUUCUGUGUUAAAUUUUAUACACCGGAUCCUGCACAACUCGAGGAAGAGUUUACAAGAUAUUUAUUCUGUCUACAAAUCAAACGAGAUUUAGCUCAAGGUUUACUUCAAUGUAACGAUAACACAGCAGCAUUGAUGGCCAGUUAUAUCAUUCAGGCUGAAUGCGGAGAUUAUGCGAUAGAAGAUUAUCCAGAUCAUACAUAUUUAGCAACAUAUAAAUUCGUGCCUCAUCAGGAUCAAGAAUUGGAACGACGUAUUAUGGAAAAUUACAAGAAACACGCAGGCCAGUCUCCUGCAGAAGCAGAUCUCAAUCUUUUAGAGACAGCUCGACGUUGCGAACUUUAUGGAAUGAAAAUGCAUCCGGCUAAGGAUCAUGAAAGUGUUCCGCUAAAUCUCGCAGUGGCACAUAUGGGCAUUGUAGUUUUUCAAAAUUAUACUAAGAUAAAUACAUUUAGUUGGGCCAAGAUCAGAAAAAUCAGUUUUAAACGGAAACGUUUUUUAAUCAAAUUACAUCCUGAAGGUUAUGGCUAUUAUAAGGAUACAGUCGAGUUUUUCUUCGAGGGACGUAAUGAGUGUAAAAACUUUUGGAAAAAAUGUGUAGAAAAUCAUGGUUUCUUUCGUUGCUCUGUAGUUAAGAGAGUUGUAAGGCAGAAAACUAGAGUGCUUAGUCGUGGAUCAUCAUUCAGGUAUAGCGGCAAGACACAGAAACAAAUUGUUGAAUUUGUUCGAGACAAUUAUGUGAAGAGGCAAACAUUUCAAAGGUCCAAUUCGUUCCGGCAGACUAGCGGUGGUAGGGCAUUGCAGGGCUCGGAGGGGGGAGGCUAUCGUGGGGCCACUCCAAGCAGCUCCCUUAUGGGCAGCUCCAGCAUCUCUGCCCACCCCCUCCUGCCCCUCGGCGAUCCUGCUCUGGCAACCCCAGCUCUAUCUCUGUCAUGCGGCUCGAUGACACUGGAUUCUCCGACGACUGUGACGAGUGUCUCGAUGGGAGGGACGAUUCACCGUCGAGAAGACACAGCUACAUCGUUUCGGACGCUCACCUCUAUCGACGUCCAUUCGCCAGCCACCCCCAGCCAGGUCCCAGUACAGCGGCCGAUGCUUUCUACCAUCCAACAACGGACUUCAUCAACAGGUCGUAUCAGCCCCUCUAACAGCAGUCCCCCCGAAUUCCCACCACCACGACCUCUGCCUAGAUACCCCUGGCAACGGUCGGCUAGUUGUCGCGAGCUGUACGCUUCUAGUUUCGAGGAUUCUGGUAAAGCGCGACCGCGGGACGAUAAGGCCACUGCGGAGCCUCUAUUAGAUCCAUUCCAAUUAGCUUCCCAAGGUGAACUAGAUAACCCGAUAACACGUUAUGACGAGAGUAAUCGUUCAUAUAGCGCCGCUAGUUCGAAAUUACCUUCUUUAGAUCACGAUUCUGUCCCUGAACGUGUCUACAGCAGUUCCUACCCGGGAACGUCGUCGUUGUCUACCGAAUCGGGUCAUGAGGAAUCAGGUCCCGCUGGAGAUCUGUCUCACGACGAUCUCUCGCAUGAUUCUUACGAGCUGUUAGAACGCGAGCAUGAAUUCGAAUAUCCGGAAUCGUAUUCUAGUCCACACGAUGAGCACGAACCAAUAUCCGAUCAGAGCGACGAGGGAAUCGAGCACGAGAUGUUCCAAAUGGAUUCCGAAACCGAUUCCUUCGUCAAGCACAGAUCGUUGAAGUCUUCUGAGAAACAACAAUACAAAUCCGCGCUCAUCGAUCAUAAGAACUCUAAAACUAAGUCCAUCGAUCGGUACUCAGCCGUAUCCAAAGCAGACAGUGAUUUCGUGAUCACUGAAUCGAGGAUACAGCGAUCGGGCACGCAGAUAGAGCGCAAGUUUGAGACGAGACAUACCAAUUCCGUGGAACAGUCAUCUAAAACGACUAUUCCGCAUCAAGAUUCCGCGAAAAAAGAUCCCGUUAUUUUACAGGUGCAGAAACAAAAAGUUUCUGUUCUAAACGAAUUAAAGAACUUGAAACCCAAGUACAAGAUCACACAUGUAGACUCGGAGGUUUUGCGAGACGAGGGUAUUAUGCGUCCGAAGUCGCGAAUCGACGACGACUUGAGCCCGGUCGACGGAAAUAAAACUAUUUUGGAUCACAGUGUGAGAGGUAGAACGAUUCGAGCGCGCAGUAUUGCCAGCUUGGACGAUCAUCCGCCGCGACUGUACGUUGAGACAGGUAGCUUAGGUCGAGGGCAUAAAUCCAGGGAUAGGAAAUCGAAGGACGCCGACGCUAGAAUCGAGAAAGUUUUGUCGAAAAUGCAGGAGAAGGAACGUAGGAGUGUUGAGAGAGAGGAGCGAAAACGGGCUGAGAGGGAUUAUUCGAGGGAAUGCAGGCGGAUCGAUAAGAAUGAUUCGCGAGAGCGUCGUUCAAUGGAUAGGCUUGAUUCACGUGAGCGGAAGUCGGAUGGCCACAGUCGUCGUAAUAUAGAUCGAAUCGAUAUGCGCGAGUUGCGUCGGAGCAUUGAGCGGCUCGAUGUGCGCGAACGAAGCUACGAGCAGUUGGACUCGCAGGAAAAGAGUGCCUUUUACUACAAUGACUUUUAUGAAUCGCGCGGUAAGAGUGUCGAUCGUUUAGACUCUCAAGGGCUACGCAGCAGUAUGGAGUACCUAAAAAGUCCCAAGGAGAGGAGUAAUUAUCGGCAUUCGGAUUCGCGUGAACGUAGGGAGAGAAGUAUCGAGCGAAUAGAUUCUCGAGAGUCGAGGAAAAGUAGAGCAGCUUCUAUCGAUUACGGCCAAAGGCAUACUUUGGAACGUUUCGAUUCCGGCAAUAGAAGUCCAUUCGAACGAUUGUCUAUGAAGGAACAACGGAGAAUGAGCAUAGAGAGAUUAGACUCUCAGAAGUUUGAUUUUGAUCCGCGAGCGAUUGAGCGUUUAAAAUUCUUAGAACGUUACGAACAAAGAGAACGAGCUCACGAAAGGAAGAUGGAAUCGAGGAGCGCCGAACGAAAAAGUCUGGAAAAAUUGGAUUCGCGCGAGCGAAGGUAUCUGGGACGCUUGGAGUCACGGGAAGGAAGAAGUCUCGAAUGCCUAGACUUCGACAGCAUGGAGCGCAGAAACGAAAGAAUGGAGUAUAAGGAUCAAAAGAGAAGCAGAAGCAAGUCUGAGAAAGGCAAAUCGGAAGAGAAACCGCGCGAGCGUGACGACUGGAGGAGCUUGGAAAAAGCACGAAAAGAUAAUGAGAGGCGAGAACGCGAACGACAAGCGAAACUGUCCAUUGAAUCUCGUACAGAAACCGUUAUAGGCGUGCCGCAUGAGAUGGAGAAUUUAAAACCCAAGGCAGUGUUCGCCGAAUACGAGCCGAAAGUUGUCGGCGGUGUCGUACUAGGUUUCGAAGAAACCGCGUUACCUGGGCACAUACCGGUGGAACGUACAAAGAGCGAUCCAAAUCCAGCGCGACAAAGAUUAGGGUCCAACAGUAAGCGGCAUAUGUUGAUGCACCAGAAAUCCAUAGAUCUGACUCCCGCCGAUUCAGGCGAUGAAGAGCCAUUCUCGGACAGCGCGGCUAUACAAAAGGCUAAUGUCGAUAUUCCAUACACAUUGCAUAAGAGACACGUUAUGAACGGUACGGCAUCCGACGAGAAAUCCGAGUCGGAUAGUAGUAAAACUUCGAGGAACAUCAAGAGCAUUGCCAAGGAUUUACCGAAGUUGCCGCUGAAAAUGGUGACGGACAUCACGUGCUUCGAUCUGACCAAGCUUUCUUCGACAGACAAGCCUAGCAAUAAAUUAUCACCGGAUAAACCAAAGAGCGGUGCGAUUACUACCGCAAGACCGAAAUCUAUAUUGAGCCCCUCGGAUAAACCGAGGAGUAUUUUAAGUCCAACGUCGAAACUCUCGCCUACGGAUCCAAAGAGUAUCGUUUGCAGUUUAUCGCCAACCAAGAGAAGUCCUUCCAAGACGAACGUAAAGACUCAAUCUCCCGAUAAACUUUCGCCAAAGGGCGGCUCGUUGGAUAGAAACAGAGCUGAUGUUAUUAUUGAGGAUUACACAUGUAAAAAAUCUUCGAGUUUAGAUAAAAAACCGUCAAAAUUGUCGCCGGUAGAACCGAACGUUACUAUCAUCUCGGCACUUGAGAAACGCUCGCCUAAAAAAUCGCCGACUGAUCCUAAUGUAACUAUUAUUUCAGUGAUACAGAAGAAAAAAUCUGUAGAUGGUGCGUCAAGAAGUCCCACUAAAAUUACGAAACCGACGGAUACCAAGAUAAAAGGCGCUCUAAACUUUGCUGAUGUCGUGAGCAUGGAAAUGAAGCAAAAUCUAGAACGCAAAGUUAAAAUUGAGAAAGACAGUUUGAAAACACCGGAUGAUAGCUUAGAGAAACAAGAUAGCAUCGAGAAAAUACCGUUACCUGAAAUUCCUGGCGAUGGAAUAAUGGGAGGUGUCGAUAAAACAAUGUUUUCUUUAGAUGAUCAAGUGAAAAAUCUUGAACUGACAAUGGUUAAAAGAGACCAUUCUCCAAAACAAACAUUUGAUGAGUUGUCUAUAUCCGACGAUGAUCAAAAGAAAAGCAAUAUACAGUCUGUAGUAGCUGAAGUGCAUGUACCGGCAACGAGAAGCGAAAUUACAUCGGAAAAACCACCACUUCCAGAAAAACCGAAAACAUUGGAGAAGUUAAGUAUUCCUGAAAAGACGAAACGUAUUUUGGAGAGGAUAGAGUCGAAAUUCUCAGAAGUUAAUAAAAAUUCCGCGACAAAAAUAUCAAGACCCAAGAUUAUCGAUACCGGGUUUGAUGAUUUCGUGGAUCCAGUCGCCGAUUUGCCUUUGGAUGAAGUGCCUGUGAAACCUGCUUUAGAGUUGGAUAGUCUUAAAGUUCCUGAAUUCGUUCCCUUUAUGCUGAGACCGCACGAACCAUUGAGGUCGAAGUCUCUGUCUCUAGCGGAAGAGAAGGCACCGAUCGAUACUUUGCUUUCGCCGGAGGUUGAAAAUAAACACUUCGUACAAGACGUUUCCCCGAAGAGAGUGAAGAAAGUGAAAUCUGAACCGAAAAAAGAUUUCAAGAAACAAUCAAAGUCGUUAGAAGGUGACAAACCGCCAUUGAAAAAGAGUGCAUCGAAAGAGUCACGUGCACCGGUGGUGAAUACGAAAAUUGAUAAAUCCAAAUUAAAACUCGGCGAAAUGCCACAAGAAAUUAUAAUAAUCGAUUCGACAGACGUAGCCCCAGAGAUAAGCAUUGUUCAAAAGGCAAGAUCGAAAUCCGUAACUAGAUUGUCCGAUAAACCAUUUUCAACAUCGAAGGAAGAGAAAGAAGAGACGAGAACUCGCGCGAAAUCAGCGUCUGUCGAUGACGAAUUGAUUAAAGGUACGAAGUCGGAGAAAUCCAGACCGAAGUCGCUGGGAAUAUCGAAAAGUCUGGGAAGUACAGAGAAAAAGGAUUCGGUGGAGAAAAUAUCUCCAAAGAGAACUAUCUCGAAGACUGCCGCUAAAGCGGACUCGAAGGUUGAAGGUAAAUCUGCUGUGACGAAAGACGCGGUAUCGAAACAGGAUGCGAAGUCGGCGCGCGGUAAAACAGGUUUGAAAGCAGAAUUAAGUAACGUAGAAGCUGCUGAGAAACAGUCUAAACAAGAGAAAGAGUCUAAAGUACAUGUCAAACCUGACGUAGUGAUUGAUCAACCCACCAAUUCUAAACAAGUUGCAGCAGCUGAGCUCAAGGGAUCGGUUAAGGAAUCGGGCAAGGAACCAAGUAAGGAGACAGCGAAAGAAAGUAUAAAGAAGGCGGCACUUGCUCAAGAUUUAACCCAGUCUCCGUUGAUGUUACGUAAGCCUGGACAAACGCCGAUACUGUUCGCUCGUGCGCGUCUUGGCCUCUCCGAAGGUAGUGGAAUCGGUGCGCUUCAACGUCAAGGUGCAACGCAGUCACCUACAGCACAGCGACGUGCGAAAUCUUUAGAUGCAGCGGUGAUUUCCGUGCAUAGAUUGCCACCGACGAAUGCGUUCUCCAGCAAAGAUGAUACAGUAGAUGUGUCGGAAAAUCUAGAGGAUCAGGAGAAUGCCGCUGAAGGUGCGAGUGUGGCACAAUCGAAGGCACAAUCGGUGCAGAUGGAGGCUUCUCCGAAUCAUCGAUCCGACAGUACGGAUCAUACAACUAUUCCGGAAAUAUAUACCGAUUCCUUGUCCGUCACGGAAACCUCGGCGCAAUAUUUGGAAUCACCGUUAACAGAAUGCAAUGAGAUCGCGACCUGUAUCGAUCUGAUACCUUAUGAGCAAGAGGGUAAGCAGAUGCCAUUUAGGAGUUACAUUAACGGAAACGAAACGCAAACAUCAAAUAUUGCGGGGAGUAUUAAAGUGGAAGAAGCGACGAAAUUCAUUGAUCAGAGUUCCGCGGAGUCCGGCGCUGAGCAGGAAGUUUCUCAGGAGAGUUCCGAAGUGAAGAUUAACGUGCCUAGAGGUACUCAAUCAAGUCAAGAUCAAUCGGCGGUUCUUCCGAAGAGCGGUAGCACGGAAGUUGUUAGUUGUAAGUCGAAAGAAACCAAACAAUCAAAUAAUGCCGAAACAAUAUCAACGAAAUCUCAUUCGGAGGAUCUUCAUAUUGAAACGGAAGAUACGAAAAUCAAGUCCGAGAGGGACGAUGUUCCUGACGUAACUAUAAGUGCAGCCCGAGAAGAUGAGAAAUUUAUCUCCGGAUACUAUGAUCAGGACGAAUUUCAAGAUAUGGCCAAGUCACCAAUACAGAUAUCUAUUGAAGAGUGUUCUGACGAUGAAGUGAAUCCGGAGGAUGAGGAAGAGGAAGAGGGACGAGAAGAGAUCGACGAGCGGGAAGAAGAGGAAAACAAACCACUUGAUUCUCUCGAUACGAGUGAAGAUACGCUCGAUGCGCUUGAUAUGCAAAUGCGCGGUGUAGACAGUGGACUGAGUUCACCGGACUACGGUAUUGAUAAAAUGGACGAAAAGACACUAGUCGAGGUCGAACUAACACCGGAAUAUCUGGAAAUGAAAAGGGAGGACGAAGAGGCUGCGGAAGAGUUACCGGAAGACGAGCCAGUUAAAGAAGCCACAGAUACGAUUGAAAUUGCGGACGCCAAUCGUUUGUCCAUUGAUAGAAAGCUCAGAUUGAGUACCGAACGCUCGAGAAGCGAAGAAAGCACUAUAACUAACACUUGGACACCGGACAGAGAAGAUCCAGAUUCUAGCUCGUGUUCCAUUGCCCGACCAUUGGGAAUCGGUCAAAUACAACCCAUAAUAGAUCGUCGAGAGAUUGCUAUGAUCGAAGGGGCUCGUACUGGCAGUUCUCUGGAUGACGACAACAGCAACGACUCGCAACCUCCUCCGAAGCAGGAGAUGAGUACCACGUGGAAAUCGUUUCCGCAGGAGAGCUCCGGUAGUUCCAGUCUGGAAGACGUACCUCACGACGAGAGUAAUAUGCAGCAAUCGCAUUCCGAAGAUAGCAAUGGUCAGAACGAGGACAGUUUCCAAGAAGACCUAGCAGAUUUUCCUGGCACUUUUAUUUAUCCCAUUGGACCAGAGAUACUGGCUAAUUACGGUGCAUUCUCGCUUUCUCGUACGUUGUCUAGAAUAUCAGAACGAUCAACCACGUCGGAACAAGAUAAGAGUGAUUUCGAGGACUCUUUCAAACCUAGCUCGAGAUCGCCGAGUCUCGACGACGAAUCUUUAAUGUCGAGUGAUCAUCAACCGUCUCUGUCAUCGGAUCCUCCGUCCGGCACGGCACUACCGUCUGUUUCCGACGAUCGCAGGACAUCUUCAGAGUUACCGGACAUUCCCAUCGAUGUAGUUGGCAUGCAAGAAGAUGACACGAAAUCGCCACGAACAAACCGAAGGUCACGAUUGCAACUGCAAAGUUCCGAGGAUUGGCCAUCACCACCGAGUUCUCCUGUGUUCGAUGCACCAGUAGUGAGUCACGUGGAGACAUUUUAUAUGGAGAUCAAGCCAGAGGAAGCUGUUAAAGUUACCGUUACGGAUAGCACCGAGACACCCGUUCGAGCGGAACAGGAUAGUGAUUCCAGUGAUGAGAACAGAACUCUGCACGAUGAUUUGCAUUCAACUCUUUUGGAGGACGGACAGAGUUCGCCGUCCGCAACGGUAGAUGGUACGGUGAAAAUCGUGGUAAAGCCAAAGUCGAACUCGUACAUAACCGGCUCAUCGCACAGUGAGGACACGUCAAUGGGCUUGUCCAUGUCCGAGUGGUCCAGCUCAAAUAAUACGGUGCGCCAAUUUUGUCAGUAUUCUGGCACGAAAUCCGAUGAUAAUUCACUGGCGGAACUGGGUGCCUCAAUCUCCGAUUGGUCGGGUAGCACGACAGUGAUACCGCAGCAAUAUUAUUCCACAGCGGCCGCAGACAAGAGCCAAAGCGACACUACGACAUCUGAAAGAAGUGCCACCAGCAUGAGGCCGAACUCGAAGUGUCAAACUGCUGACAGUUCUUCUUUUCCUUCUCCACCGUCUCCACCGUCUCCGUCUUCGUUGCCGUUACCUAUAUCGCCACCACUGCCUUCUCCACCCGAGACACCUACCUCCCCAUUGCAUCAGCUUGAAGAUGAAGCUACUGGUUCCGCAGUUGAACAGUGCGAAGUUUUACAAAUCGAGACCGUCGAUGACAACGAUCCUCAUCAAGCUCGAACGCGUGGUGAUGAGUUCGAUGAAGCCCGGCGGUUUAUCGAGAGCCAAUUCGACGAUCAUCGUCGACUCUCUCAUUACGACGAUGAGCAGCAACAGGGUGUAUACAAGGAAUUCACUGACAUCUCACCACCUCGCAUCACCCUUCGAAAUGAGUACGACGAAGCCAUCGAUGAUGAUGACUUCCAAAUGAUUCCAGAUGAAGAGACGCUUUGUGUCGACACAGCGCUACCGAUCCCUGAGGAGGACGAAGAGGAUCAGCUAUACGAUAACGUGCCCGCUAUGAAGUAUUCCAGUAGCGACAAAGUACGGAUGGAAGUCGGUCGUGGUGACAGUUCGGAAGACAUGCAUGAGAAAUACGCCGAUCUCACGUUGCAGCCAAGAACGGCGGAUGACGACUGGUCCUCUGAAGAGCGAAGGGACGUACCGACAGAAGAGAAGCCAACGAAGGCGACAAGCAAAUUCGAUCGCGGUUUUUCGGAGCCGAGUUCACACGAGUCGGGCAGGUAUCAGGGCACUCGGUCCACUGAACGACCUGUAAUGGUACCAAUCCGAGCUAAAUCGACCCCGUAUUACUCCACGACAAGCCUGAGCGGUGAAUCGACCACGUCCAGUCCGCCCAUGCCGAUCAGAACGCAAAUCAGAACAAAGACGAUGCCGUAUUCGUCUAGUCGCAGCCCGCAAAGCGAAGGCGACACGUCCUCGAGUAUGGACAGUCCGGCACAUACGCCUGAUAGGGGUCAGAGAGCUUUUCGCCGAAAACGGCAGCAGAAUGUUAAAAGACGACAUCGCGUAGUUGUUGACCUCGAGGUCAAGGAUGGUCACAUUGUCUCCAGUACUGAUUCUAGUUUCGACGUGGCGAACAUACCGCCGCCUCUGUUGACGGAGGGUCAAAGCCUGGAGAUAGAUGAUGACGACGAGGACGAUGAGAUGUCCGAGACAAAGGAUGAGAUGGAGCGUCGACGGCAGCAGCGUUGACACAGUGAUGACGAUCGUUAAAUUGACACGCCCGAGGGAGAAACAGAAAACGAGAGCGUGAUCGCGGCGACGCUCGUUCGGGCAUGAGCUAGUAGGAUUCGUAAGGAAGUUUCCAGUCACGUGGAAUUGAGCACAUACUUAAAAUUGAUAGACCUAUCGUUCUUUAUUAAACAAGCGCGCGACAAGCGCUCGUGCGGACGCGAUCAAUUACGCGUUCUAGACUUGACGUUCGCCAUACGAGCGAGGAUCAACGGAACUCGCGAAGCGGAUCGACGACUUGAUCUGGCCUUUAUGACUGAUCUUGAUUCAACGACAGCGAUUACUCACUGAUAUCGCAUCGAGAAGCAAUCGGGAUCGAGAAUUAUAUACGGGUAUGAUCGAUGAAAUGGACACCAACGACGGCAAAAAGAAAGCAGGACGGAUGUAAAACGCGAUAUACGCGUCCGUCGUGCCGGGCCAGGGAGCCCGAGCGAAUGAUCAAAAUGCGUGGAGAGUCUAGUAAUAUCGUUAGGAUACGUUUGUUACACGUUUUAGAGACCCGGUUUACUUUGAUAUUAUCGUCACGAUAGAACCCUUCAACCCCGUAGACGAGUACUUAGCGAGUAACAUUUAUGCAUAAAACUCGGAAAGCGAAUAUUAAGAUAUAUUAUCACAAUCGACGUGCACGUGUGUGACUCGUUGAGGAACGACAGCCGUUACACGGGCGACACGUUAUAUCCUAGUAAUAAUAAUAUAUGACAUUAUAAGAGAUAGAAAUCGAAAGAGCGACGCGUAGGACCUUCGAGGGUAAUCGUAAAGUUAAAACGAACGUAAUUGCGUAACUGCGAAUCAUUUUUAACUCUUUACUCGGUCCAGUCUUUAUUUCGGUUUUGCAUAUAAGAUACAUUAUUAGAGAGAAUCGUGCAAAUACUUAAACGUAAUAUUAUCUUUUUUUUUUAGAUACAUGUAGCUUUGUUAUAAUUAUAUCUAGCACCCCUACGGCACUUACUCGUGUAACUGUUACGCUAAAUACAACGUUAAAGGGAUAGACGUCGCGGCAUUGCAAAAGUAACACUAUUCAGUCGUAUGACUUGAAUUCACCAGGACAAUCAAUUGCGCGAGGCGUUGCCGAAGUAUUUCUCGAGGUGGAGACGGAAACAAACGCGGAAUUAUAACGUAGGUCGGCAAUCGCGUUUCCGGUUCGUACUGAACAACUCCGACGAAUUACCGUGUAUGAUUUCGCCGCAGUUUCGUUUGCGUAGCAGAGGGGAGAAAAAGUUGCUCAACGUAGAUACAUAAACGUGGUCCUUCGUUGAAAGUCGCGUGGUUGUUUCUCGUGGUAAAGACUCAUUCGGGGAUAGUGGCGGAGUAGCAACGAAGAAACCCGACCCGGGUCUAGCAUACUCCGCAUCGGAAUUCCCUCAACGAGCAAAAAGAGCACCUGAUACUCAUUAUAGACGUUGGUCAUGGACCAAUCGGUAGCUAAGAUGUGAUUUGUUCUAGAUGAGAACUUAAGCCUCGUCUGUAUGUUAAUCCGUCAACUUAUUUAUCUAAUAACGAACAAUCUGAGAUACGCAGAUUAUAGGCAGGGAGAUUUAGAGCUCUAAGUUAAGGUCGUAAAGUUAUCAUUGAUAUUCAUUAGUUACUUGUGUCUUGCUCGAAAGGAGGAGCACGGGUAGAAAUACCGUUCGGCUGUUUCUGAUAACUUGGCUGUUUUUUUCGCUCAUUCAGCGAAUUUGCUAUUUGAGACUAAUACGUACAUGCGCAUACGUUCAUUGCUCACGGUUAUUCGUUUUUUUAGACUGGAGAUUUUAGGAAGAUCAGCUUUAUAACAAGUCGUUUACGAGAGGGACGCUCGAAUUGGUCUCUCUCUCUCUGUGGAAAACGUGCAUAAGUUGAUUUGAAGGCAAAAUUGCAACAAAGAAUCCGACUUGAGCGAGGCAACAGAAAGUCCUAUUGGUUUCAGCUUGUAUUGUGCCUAGUUUUUAUACCAUGUUUGUCGUAUGCACAAUUUAAUGAUAGUGAGGCGUGUACCUCGACGCGAAUUGUGAUGUAUACGCAUGCAUAUACGUAUCACACAUGUACGCGCACGUGCGUGUUGUGUGCGUAUUGUGUGCGCGUCUCUAUCGGUGUCCUUAGGUAAGUAAAAUAUACGUAAGCAUAGGGAUUGAUCAUUGAAAAAGAAAAUCAUUGAAAAGAUCGUUGAAAAAAAACAUUUUUCGGCUGUUAUGAGCGAAUGCGAAUCCCAACAAGGGGUAACGAUUACAGUUACAAAUUACACGGUUUACUAUCAAACAUACACGUUAUAUAUGUCGUCAGAGAUAUAAUUUUGUUCAUUCUUCUCUGACGGGAUAUAAAAAAAUCAUCAAACUUGCAAUUGCAACAUUUUUACUUUCGUUUAAUAUACAUUUUAUACUUUUAAUUUCGUAUAAAAUGUGUUAAUAUAUUAUUGUGAAUAUACAUAUUGUCUUGCAUUUUACAAGCAGAAAUAAAAUACUAAAGCUGUAAAUUUAAAAAAUUCUAGAAAUAAUGUUUACAGUUUUAUCCAUCCUAAAACUGAAGAUAGAUAAGGAUAGAUUCAAAUCAAAUGACCGAAA